AUGGCUUAUAGACGUUGCCUCUUGCAAAGACGGAACCUCAUAGACCGGAAGUUCCAACCGUCUUUCACCUAUGUUAUCCAUGGCGGCGAAGGGAAUCGCGACCAGCCAGACGAGAAACCUUGUUCGACAGGAAUCAGUAGUUUUAUUCAAUCAAGGUCCUUUGGAAACUCUCACGGAUCAAUGGGUUUUUUCUCAUCCGCUCAAUAUAGAAACCUUUCUCCUUUAGCUGGAUAUAGUUUCUGCCGAAAUAUGUCUACAUUGAAUCAGGAUUUGGAUAAGAUUACCGCAAUGACUGAUGUAGCUGAUGUUCUUAUUGAUACUACCAUGGACGCUGUAGUUUCUCAGGCUCCGGUUGUUAGUGAAGUUGCUAUUGCUGCUGCUGAUUCUUAUUUGCCUGUACAAGCCUUGCAGUACGUUAUAGAUGCAGUGCAUUCCUUCAGUGGGCUAAAUUGGUGGGCAUCCAUAGUUCUAACAACUCUCUUGAUUCGAAGUGCAACUGUUCCACUCUUAAUAAAUCAACUCAAGGCCACUUCUAAGCUUACCCUUAUGAGGCCUUGCUUAGAAGAGAUAAAGGAAAAGAUUGAUAGACAGACAAUGGAUCCAGAGGCUGUUGCUGAAGGUCAGAAGGAGAUGUCAAAGCUAUUCAAAGAAUAUGGUGUGACUCCAUUUACGCCAAUGAAGGGACUAUUUAUUCAAGGUCCUGUCUUCAUUAGUUUUUUUCUUGCGAUAACAAACAUGGCUGAAAAAAUGCCGUCAUUUAAACAUGGUGGAGCUUUCUGGUUCACCGAUCUCACAACUCCAGAUGCCUUAUACAUUUUUCCAGUUAUAACUGCAUUGUCAUUUUUAUUAGUAGUAGAGUGUAAUAUGCAAGAAGGAAUGGAAGGAAAUCCUAUGGCUGCCACCAUGAAAAAUUUCUCAAGGGUUCUUGCUCUUCUUUCCGUUCCUUUCACCAUGAGUUUUCCAAAGGCUAUAUUUUGUUACUGGAUCACAUCAAACUUGUUUUCACUUUCAUAUGGAAUGGUGCUUAGAGUCCCCGGUGUAAAGAAAACUUUAGGUAUUCCUGAUUUGCCUCCUGCAGAUCCCAUCAGCGCUCCAAAAUCUCCCUUCUCAAUAUUUCCAGCACUAAAACAAGCGGCAUCAGUAGCAAAUGGUCAAAGCUCAUUUCCAGUUGAUUCAUCAAAACAGGCAAAUAAAAAGAUAUCUUCUUCUGCUGUUAUCAGUCAAAGGCUUAGAAGCUUAGAGAAACAAGUAAAAGGAAGAAAGAAAAGCAAGAAGUGA